CAUCAAUCAACCGCCGUGGACCAACAAGAAGGCAAAAAUGACUGACUGCAUGGGAACAGCCUGUCUGUCUGUCUGUCUGUCUGGUGUGAUGGUGUGGGUGGGCAGCGGGUGUGAAACACAUACCGCUGUGUCUGUGUUUUAUGUGUGUGUGUGGAGCAACGAAUGCGUCACACAUGGAUGGAUGGAUGGACAAACACAGAGUGUGGUGGACCGUUCAGCCUGUCUGUGUGUACACACACACGAGAGACAUAUAUCAGCCGUCAGCCAUCACGUGCAACAAACACAACAGAAGCACCGACCGCGCAGCCGAUCGAUUCAGUCAUUCAUUCAGUCAGUCAGUCAGUCAGUCAGAGGGCGAGGGAGAGGUAAAACAGACAGACAGACAGACAUGGCAGCCAGCCACUGAUAAAUGCACACACGCAUAUCGAGUGGCAGAUGGACAGAGACUGACCAGUCGGAAAACCCAACGUGCACCAUUGCAGCCAUCUAUGCGGCCGGCAGUGCCCCUCCCACUGUCACCACCACCGCCCAGCCUGACACACACAUGGAAAGACAGACACCAUUUUUAACUUCUCGUCGUGUGUGAGCGCAUCUUCUGCUCGUGUCAGGCGUGUUUGGUGCACACCUCAGCUGUCUAUUGGCCGAAGAUCAUGGCUGAGAUGACGGGCCCCAGCAUUACACGCGCCAGCCGAUAAGUCACUGGGAAGCGGUCUUUGAAGGCACCGCCCUGGUCAGGCACAGCCGACUCGGUGGUGGAGACCGACACCCUCACUGCAAACGAAUAACAGCAGAGGACAGAAAUGAGAGUGGCACCGCAUUUCCUCCCCCUCGCUGUGCCGUGCUGGGCUGACCAUUGUUAGUAUUGGGAUUGAGGCUCUCCUCGACGGUGAUCCACGCGACGAACGAGUGGCUGGCGUCGGUCAACACGAGACGACGAGAAGCAAUGCCGCCAAAGCGGUAUGAUGUUGUUGUGGUGUAUCCCUCCACUGGUCUGUGAGGGGACUGUGUCAGGAUGGUGUCCAGCCGGCCGUUGUCGGCAUACCUGACCAAUCAAGACACACACAUCCAUUAGUCACUCGUGUGUUGUUGCAAUGCUCACACACAGUGAUGCCCGGCCUCACCUGUCGAUCAUACGGCUACGGUCAGUGAAGUUGAUCUGGU